AUGAAAGUUGACAAAGCACUUUUAUUGGAGGCAGUGAGGAAAACUCCUUUUGCCAUUCGGUUUGUACCACCCGAGGUAGAGUUUUAUAGAGAGCUUGCCAUAGAAGCUCUGAAACAGGAAAGAGUAUUGCAUCUUCUUUGGGACGGUUUGAGAAAAGAUAAAAAAUUGAUUUUGGAGGCGUUUAAACACGACUAUAGGGUACUAGACGAUUACAAAGAAUUGCUUGAAGAUAGAGAAUUUCUGUUGGAGGCUGUUAAAAUACAUCCAAUUGCUUUGGAAUAUGCACCGUUCGAUGUUAACGAUGAUCCAGAAUUUAUUUUGGAGUGCAUUGAACAAAACAGCUUCGCCUUGUCUUAUGCUACUCCAGAAAUACAAGAAAAUACCGAGAUUGUGGCGAAGGCAGUGAAACAAAAUGGUUUUGCUCUAAAUUAUUGUCACGAGCUAUACCAAUUACGAAUGGAAUCAUGUUAUUUUGGAUGUUACAUUCCAAGAAAUUGA